AUGCCUGCCACGGAACCUGCCUCUCCACCUUUACGGGCCUCCGUCAUCCUCGAAAAACAACCACCCGGUAAAAAACUCUCCGGUUACAGGUCCCGACUCUCCACUUAUAAUGAUGCCUUAGCUACACAUGUUCAUUAUCUCCGCCUACGCUACAAGGCCCUGUCACCUAUACGCCGUGCGCUCGUGGCUGCCGCUGGGACCCUAGUAGCCCUAUGGCUGCUUGUUGUUUUUUCCUCCAGCGCCAUGACUCCACGCGUCCGAUCAGCUCCUGGACAUAAGUUUCGGUGCUUUGGCCCAAGUAAAGCUCCCUUUGAUCUCUCAGCUAACGCAUACUCUGAGUGGCACGCAAGAUCACCAACUCCAGUCAAAUUCUUUCAGCAACAAGACGCUCUUGACAAGUAUCAACAAGAACUUCACAUGCAUUCUCAUGAAGAUGCUUCAUCUACACCUGUUGCUCUUACAAACUCUUCAGAAAUCCUUGAUAAAACUAUAUUCAAGUUUAACUUGGAUUCAACUGCAACAAAAAAUGCAGCUGCUAAUAGAGAACGCAUUCUCAUCUUGACACCGUUGAGAGAUGCUGGCCCUUACUUACGCCGUUACUUUCUUCUACUUCGGUCGUUAACAUACCCCCAUGAGCUCAUCGACUUGGCCUUUUUGGUCUCAGAUACUACCGACGAUACCCUUGCCCUGUUGGCCCUUGAACUCAAGCGUGCCCAGGAAUCGAAAAAACCCUUCCGUUCAGCUCAAAUCUUUACAAAGGACUUCCUUGUUCGCCAACAUAAUGAAGGUCAAGUCCAGGAUCAGGACUUGUUAUUGUCCAUGGACAACCUUGAUGUUGAACAACGACAUGCGUUUGCUGCUCAGGCCCCUAGACGUAAAGCCAUGGCCCGUGCUCGUAACUUUCUAUUAACAUCUGCUCUUCAGUCAGACCAUUCUUGGGUUCUUUGGCGUGAUGUCGAUGUUUAUGAGUCCCCUAGAACUCUUCUUGAAGACUUGACUGCACAUGCUCAGUCUGCUGAUGUUGUGGUUCCAAAUGCAUGGUUCCACAGAUAUGUUGUGACUGGUGAUGGAGUCGAACACAUUGAAGGCCGCUUCGACUACAACUCAUGGCAGGAUACGGACCAGUCACGAGCUUUACUUAAAACUCUCCCUCGUGAUGUUGUCCUGGCAGAGGGAUAUAAGGAGUAUGACACAGGCCGUGAGUAUAUGGCCCGCAUGGGCGACUGGCGCUGGAAUAAAGACGAAGAACUGCCGUUAGAUGGAUGCGGAGGUGUGUCUGUGCUGGUCAAGGCUGAUGUGCAUCGCUCAGGUGCUAACUUCCCUGCGUAUCCAUUUGAGAACCAGGCUGAGACUGAGGGAUUUGCAAAAAUGGCUGCUCGCUCAGGAUUUAAAGUUGUCGGGUUGCCCAACUACGUUAUUUGGCACAUUGACACUGAGGAGAAGGGAAACAAGUAG